CACGUGAUUAUGCGCAAUUUUAAUGGCGCGAUUAGUUACCAUCUUGGAUGGGGGAAACUAAUUUAGAAAUCGCAUGUAAAUGUAAGUUUUGAAGUUUGAAACAAGAUAUGUCAAUUUAUGAAUACUUCGAAAAAUUAGAUUUUAACGCUGCAGAAAGGUACAAAAACAAACUUGCGAUCCUUGGAAUUAAUCAAUGUCCGUACAAAUUCCCUGCAGAUGCUUGGAAAGAUGACCCAACAGAAUGGCCAUCUGUUCAAUACCAUGAUGUAUAUCAUUAUUUAAUAAAAAGUCCUAAAAUCUUUUCUCCUGAGGCUAUAGAUAACUACAAAGCAUUAGAUGCUUAUAAGUAUUUUGUCUCUGGUUGGGUGCAAGAAGUUUUACAUAUGAUAUUUAGCUCAGGUUUUGUUAUUUUUAAAGCAGAAGUUAAACCAUCUUACAGAACAAAAGACCCAACUCAUACACCGUGGAUUGCUGUUAACAACGAAGAAUCAAUCAUCUUAAGUCACUGUAACUGCAUGGCAGGACUUGGUGAAACCUGCUCUCAUGUUGCAGCUGUUUUAUAUAAAUUAGAAGCAGCAGUUCGCUUGGGUUUGACGUCAAAAUCUUGCACAGAUGUCCCUUGUAAAUGGAAUCAAAAUUUUACAAAAGAUGUUAAUCCUGCUCUGAUAUCUGAGAUAAUUUUUUACAGUGCUGAUGCAAAACAAAAAAUACGAUCAAACAUAUCAACUACAUCAUUAACUGUUAGACUAAAUGAAGAACAUUAGACUCGUUUUCUUGAAUCAAUAAAGAAGAACAAUCCCAAAGUUUUAGCAUUAUUGUUGUUUGAAUGUAAUUUUUGUAAAAGUAAUAAAACCAAAUUUUUGUAAAAGUAAUACACCUUCAUUAUUAUGGGGAUGUGAAAAUGAAGAAUUUGGAUUAGCUGAGUAUGUAAAUAUCAGUUCUGAUGACACAUACAUGAGUGAAUCCCUUUGCCUGUCAGUAGUCAUUGGUUUUGUAGUUUCACAAGAGAAACCAUGGCUGGGUGUGUCUCCUGCUGGUGUUGUACAUUGUUCAUGCUGUGGGUACGGAGUUGUUGAGGUGAAAUGUCCUUACAGCCUUAAAGAUAUUGGAUUGACUUCUUCGAUAGAUGAUGAAAACUUUUAUGUAAAAAAAAGUAAUAAUGGCUUCAUGUUGGAAAGAACGCAUCCAUAUUUUAGUCAGGUACAACAUGGAAUGUUCAUAUUAGACGUGCAUUAUUGUGAUUUUGUUGUCUGGACUCCAAUUGAUUUUUUAUUUUUUCAAAUUGAACAUGAUCCUUAUUUUGUGAAUGAGAUGAUCACCAAAAGUACAAAAUUCUGGAAAAAUGUGAUCUUACCAGAACUAAUGACAAGAAAGUUGGAAAUCGCAGAUGUUAAAACUGUUGAACAACAAAAAGAAGAAAUAUUUUGCAUUUGUAAAAAAUCCAACAGUAAUUGGGAUAUGUUAGGUUGUGAUUGUUGUGAUCAAUGGUUUCAUCUAAUCUGCCUGAAACUAAAAAAUUUACCAAAAACAAAGGUCUGGUAUUGUCCAACCUGUCGACAGAAAAAAUAAUGUUUUAUUAUGUAUAUAUAUUAUUAUUUUUGUUUUGUUUAUUUUAAAUGACAAUGUAAAUAUUUUUUAAAAAAAAUAGUUUUA